AUGAUCAAGAAAGCUGAUCUGCCUUUCAAGGUAACUGAUAAAGAGCAUGCUAUCAUCCACCUCAGUGGUGAAGCCCCCAUUCUCUUGCUGGGAAGAAGUGGGACAGGCAAGACCACGAGUUGCCUGUACAGACUGUGGACAAACUUCAUCUCCUACUGGAGGAUAGCUCAAGAGACAGGUGCCCCCUUUCUUCCAAGGCUGGACUGGGCCUUUGCAGCGCCAGCUGAAGAUGAUGAGGAUGGAAAUCCUGAAGAUGAUGAACAAGCAGAUUCUUAUGAAGCAGCUGAUGUCCAACCUUCCUUUGAGAGACAGGAUGAGGAGGAGGACCAAGACUAUGGAGAAUAUGACCAUCUUCAUCAGAUCUUUGUGACAAAGAAUCCUGUGUUGUGCACAGAGGUUCACAAGAACUUCUAUGAACUCUGUCGAGCUUGUGAUGAGACUGCAGAUCAUGUAGACGCUGAAUACCAGGAGAUCCCUCCUAGACUACAAGAUGUUGAGGAUCUCAGUUACCCACUUUUCCUUACAUCUAAGCAUCUGUUAAUGAUGCUGGAUGGCUCACUUGGUCAACCAUACUUCUUUGAAAGGGACGAGGAUGGUAGUCUGGGUGUCACAGUGCGAGGAUGGGAGGAACAAGGGGAUGUCUUGGGUAUCUCACUCAUGGACCAAGACUCUGAUGAUGAAGACUUUAUGGGAAUGAACAAUGACUAUGAUGAAGAUGUUCAGCAACAAGAAGCAGCAGCUGGAUUAAGACAACAGAAACUGGAUCCAAGAAAGGAGGUCACUUAUGAGGUAUUCGCUUCUACCAUUUGGCCAAAGAUUAAGAAGAAAGCAAAGUAUCAUCCAUCGUUAGUUUGGACUGAAAUCAUGUCUUUCAUCAAAGGAUCCUUUGAAGCAUUGGCUACAUCAGAAGGACAUCUUUCAGAGAAAGACUAUAUUGAAGUAGGGAGAAAGAAAGCUCCUAAUUUUUCAGGAGUGAGGGAAACAGUUUAUCAAGUGUUUGAGAGAUAUGACCAUUUCAAAAAGCAAAACCUGCUGUUUGAUGAGGCAGAUCUUGUGUCAGACAUUUUCAAACGCUUGAAAAGCAUGGAUGAAUUACCCUGGAUAGUCCACCAACUGUAUGUUGAUGAAACACAGGAUUUCACUCAGGCAGAAUUAAGUGUCCUCCUUCGAAUCACACAGCACCCUAAUGACAUGUUCCUGACAGGGGACACAGCCCAGGGGAUUAUGAGGGGCAUCUCCUUCAGGUUUUGUGAUCUCAAAUCUCUCUUCUUUCAUGCCAAAAAAUCACUGGCAGCUGGUAACCAGACAAUGCUGAAUGAACCAAAGCAAGUGUACCAACUGACACACAGCUACAGAUCUCAUGGUGGGAUCCUUGCCCUUGCCUCAGCAGUCCUGGACCUGAUGGUGGAAUUCUUCCCAGAAUCCUUUGACAAACUGAAAAAGGACCAAGGUCUGCUUGAUGGACCGCUACCAUUGCUGAUGGAGUCUUGCAGCCCGCAGGAUCUCGCAAUUCUGCUUCAGGGAAACAAUAGAAAAGCCUCCCACAUUGAGUUCGGAGCUCACCAGGCCAUCCUUGUGGUGAACGAUGAAGCCAAGGAGAAGAUGCCUGACAUGCUGUCCAGGCACAGCAUUGUCCUCACAAUCUAUGAGUCGAAGGGGCUGGAGUUUGAUGACAUACUGCUCUACAACUUCUUCACAGAUUCUCAGGCCACAAAAGAAUGGAGAGUUGUCACCACAUUCCUAGAGACACUUGCUGCAUGCCCACACUAUGAAAAACAAGCAGAAAGCCUUCAUGUUAUUGAUGCAGAAAUGCUGACUCAGCCAAAUCGACCAAGAGCACUUGCAUUUGAAGCUAAUGAGCAUAAAAUUCUCAACUCUGAACUAAAGUACCUGUACACAGCCCUGACGAGAGCGCGUGUGAAUGUGUGGAUCUUUGAUGAGGAUGAGGAGAAGCGGGCUCCAAUGUUUGAAUACUUCAAGGCAAGGCAGCUGGUCCGAUGUAUCUCCCAGUCAGAGGAUGGGAAUUCUGAGUUUACCCACAUGGUGUUUGCUAUGAAGUCAUCCCCUGAGGACUGGGUGAAGCGAGGAGAUGAGAUGAUGAGCCAGGCCCUGUAUGAGGUCGCUGUCAACUGUUACCGUAUGGGUGGGGACGACAACAAGGAACAGCUAGCCGUUGCCCACUGUCAGGCACAGGGGGCACUCAAGCUGAAAGACACCCCUCGGAAAAUGAGGGAAGAGUUUGUGUGUUCCGCUCAUAAGUUCCUACACUGCGGGGAAGUCAUAAAAGCUGCAACAUGCCUGCAGAAUGCGCGUGAAUUUGAGCUGGCGGCAAAGUUGUUCCAGAGAGUGAAGAAGUUCCAAGAGGCAGCCAGGCUGUUCCAGAGGUCUGGGAAACAUGCUGAUACCAGUGACUGCUAUGAGAAGCUCGGAUGGUACAACAGAGCAGUGGAGUUGCUAGACAAAGAGGAACUGCAUGAACUUGCCAUUGAUUGCUUGAAGAGGUACCAAACAAAAAUACAGGAGAUGAGAGGGACAGACAGGGAAAUGCUGAAGGUGCUUGAGAGUAACAAGCCUGGCGCUCAGUUUACUCUUGAAAUCCUCUACUUCAAACUGGUCAAAUUCAACCAUAAACACAGGAACAAGCCCAAGAUGUUGUCAGCGUUAGACCAUCUGCCCUAUGUUGACCAGCUGGAGUUUCUGGAGAAGCACCAGUACCUCCAUGAAGCUGUUCAGCUCAUGUUGAGAGGAGGUCAAAGUUCCCAUUCUAACGUUGCUCAGAUGCUUCUGCGACAUGGUGCCACCAGAGAUGCUCUUCACCAUGCUGAAAAAGGACCUGAUGUGGAUGUCCGAGGGAAAUGCCAUCACACCUUAGCACUGGAGCUGUACUUCGAGAUGGAAGAGAAAUCUCAGCAUGAGGAGCUCCACAUAGAUUCAAGCAAAAAGGAAAUCGUUAGUCAUUUUCAAAAGGCAGCCUCUGCAUUUGAGGAAACAGAGAACAACAACAGUGCUGGAAUGGCUUCUUUGGUCAUAGCUAUGAUGCAGAAUAGAAUAAGUGAUGCACAGAAAGCAUUUGGAUUCUUUAGAAAGGUCUCACCAUUUGCCAAUGAAGCAGGCAUGGUUGAAGCCAUGAAGAUAAUUGUUCGGUCUGUUUCAAAUGGGCAACUUUCAGACUGCCAGUGGUUAGUCACUGCUAUUGAGACAUUGCUAACUGUAAUCAGCACACUUUGGAAACCAGAUAGUAGAGAAAAGCAUAGCAGAUGCACACUGUACUUGAAGCUGUAUGGCCUUCACCAAGAUGACAAGGAUCCAAAUCAACUAAUCGCUUAUCGUAGACAAAAGAACCUUUGUGCUGAUGUCUUGUCAGAAAUCUCCAGAUGGAAGGACAAAAGAACUGUGCACUUUAACAAUCAAGACAUUUCAUUUAAGCUUUCAUUAUACCUUGUUGGUGUUCUGAAAGAAUGGAUAAAGAUCUGCAGAAACUGGCUUGACAACCAUGUGUCCAGGAACAUACAGUGCAGGUCAUUUCAGGAAGGAAGAUGUAUAGGAAGCAGAUCUUGUGACAACAAUAAGUGUCGUCAUCUGCAUGAGCCCUUCAUCAGAGAAACUGCUCUCAAAGGUUUAAAGGCACUGUUGUUGAAGGUCAAAUUGGAAGAUGUCUUACAUCGUGGAGUGAAAUCACUCUGGGAUGUAGUUUUGAAUGUCCCAUCUGGAAAGAAGACCCUUAAUGAUGAACUCACUGCACUGACAGAUGAUACUGCAACAUCUGCAGCAUUCGAAAAGUUAAUGAAGCAUUUUGUCGUUCCGGAAAGCCAUCACUUGAGAAAUUUGACAGAGAAUGAAGUAGUCAUGAGAAUGUUCAGAGACGCUUUGGACAGUGCGAACUUGAAAAGUUUUAUUCAGGAAAUGGUGAAUUGCUGGUGUUGCAGCCCGUUACAAGUACAAUGCAAGAGUUCAGAUUGGUUUGUAAGAGCAACAAUUCUGGUUUCUUUAUUUAAGAUCCAACACAUUGACUUGAAAAAGGUAUACUUUAACAUCAAAAGACAACUACAAGGUUCAGAUCUCCUUGAUGAACAGACAAGGUAUGCUUUUAUUUCAUUUGAAAGAGACAGUGUGAUUAUUCACCUUUGCGGUCAGUUCUAUGAAGCCUUUGAUGCAUUGAAAGAUGAUCCUAUAUCAUCAGUGUUUGCAUAUUCAAAAUUUGUCAAAAUCCUUGGAGAUCGUAACAUACCCAUGCUGUUUCCCAAAAUGCCUCUUUUCCUGUUUUGGCAUGAGGUCUUUAUAACUGUUGCACUUACAUCAUUUGCAAAGCUUUCAUCUGAGCCAGGCAGAUUUGUUUUACCGGCAACCUAUCUUGCAACCCUGCCAUUCGUCAGUGCCAUGUUGCCACCAGGAUCCAGAUCAAUUCAGUGGUCAAUCAAUUCCGUCAGUAGAGACAAAGAAAGCAUCAAAUCCUUUGGAGUUCACAUUCAACAUUUGGCUGGUGUCUUGUGUGGGAGUAAGAUGAGAAUGAAUCUGUUUUCAUACUUAUUUCGCCCCAGGAGAGAUUUUGAUUACAUAAAAGCAGAGCGGUGCCUCAUCCUGGCUCUGGUAGUUCUUGCUAAUGUGGGACUUUUGCUGGAUCCACCAGUUGAGGUGCCACUGAUGGAAGCUCUAAUGAGGCUGGAACUCCCAGAAGAUGCUCCAACAAGACUUAAGAAUGGUCUUCAAUCCAUAAAGAAAUCUCAUGGAAUAGCUGACCUUGUGGAUGUUCUUCAGAGGAUGCUGAAAGAAAGAGAAGAUGAAUAUCUGCUUCUUUGUGAGUGGAAGUGGAAUCCACAGAGAAAAGAAGGUAUCCAGCACCAGCAGCUGAAGUCUCUUGGUAUGUUCCCAUCAGCAUUUGUAAACUUUGUACACACCUUGCCUCAUGCAGAACAUGAGAAAGAAAACAAAGCAGCUAGAGUGCUUCUCAGACGACACAUAGAAACGGGGAAUCUGAAGCAAAGUUGUGAAAAGCAAAUGUUAAAAGACAAGCAUUAUCACUCUGAAGGUGAUGUACUGGGUGAAUGGAGUGCAACAAAUGAGGAAGACAUUAGUAGCAAUGCAGAAGAAGCUCAAAGAGAGAAGGAUGAAUUCAUUAACUAUCUUCCGGAAGAACAAGAAGACAGAUCAGCGAGGGUCCUGCAGCGCUUCUUCAGGAACCUGACUCUCAGAGGACACAUAGAAACGGGGAAUCUGAAGCAGAGAUGUGAACAGCAAAUGUUGAAAGAGCAGCAUUAUCACUCUGAAGGUCAUGUACCACAUGAAGAUUGUGCAACAAAUGAGGAAGAAAUCAGUAUCAGUGCAGAAGAAGCUCAAAGAGAGAAGGAUGAAUUUGAUAAGUAUCUUCGGGAAGAACAAGAAGACAGAUCAGCGAGGGUCCUUCAGCGCUUCUUCAGGAGGUUAACCUUCACAGGGAGAAUUGAAGGAGGAAAUAUCAGAGAGAAAGAUGUCAACAACAACAACUUAAGGAAAUAUUCUCAUUCUAUGACAUUACAGAGGAUCAGUGUGGAGUUUGCAGGGCAUCGUUCAAAGCAGAAGAAACUGACAAACCAUCAUUUGAGUCUGAUUUGAACCAAUUGGGUACAAUGGUGGAAAUGAUA